AUGCCGAGAAUCGUCAUCAUCGGAUCCGGAUUUGCCGGCAUCUGGAGUGCUCUCGCCGCCAAACGCCUCGCGAAACUCACCCAAAGAGAGAACGAGCUCGAAAUCUUGCUGAUUGCCCCAAACCCAUCUCUGGUCAUUCGGCCACGUCUCUAUGAGGCCAAUGUCUCCCAGAUGACACACUCCGUCGAGACUCUCUUCAAAGAAGCAGGCAUUCAAUUCGUUCAAGGUUUCGUUCAAACCAUCAGCGCCGAGAACAACACCGUCCUUGUCCACUCUCCCACCGGUACCGAGUCAACCAUCCGCUACGACCGCAUGAUCCUAGCAGCUGGAAGUUCUGUCGUGCGACCCAAGUCCAUUCCUGGCAUCCACGAGCACGCGUUUGAUAUCGACUCCUUGGACUCGGCAGUGAAGCUUGAAUCCCAUCUCCAAAGCCUUGGCUCGCUUCCAGCAAGCCCUGCCCGUGACACAAUCGUCGUAUGUGGCGCCGGUUUCACUGGAAUCGAGCUGGCCACCGAGCUACCCAAGCGACUGCCAAACUCAAAUACCAGGAUCUUGGUUGUCGAAGGCGCAAAUGAGCUUGGCCCUGAACUCGGGCCAGGUCCGCGUCCUAUCAUUACCCAGGCUUUGAACGAACUCGGUAUCCAAGUCAAGCUUGGAUCCCUUGUCUCCGCUAUCGAUGGAAAUGGUGUCACUCUUGCGUCUGGGGAACGCAUUGAAACCAAGACGGCUAUUUGGACCGCCGGGGUGAGAGCAUCGCCCUUGACUCAACAAAUUCCCGCCCCCAAGGACGGCCUGGCCCGCCUGUUGGUCGAUGGAAACCUUCGAGUUCCAUCCUUCAAGAAUAUCUUCGCUACGGGCGAUACUGCUCAGGCGGCCGCCGACGACAAGGGUCACUUUGCCUUGAUGUCCUGCCAGCAUGCUCUUUCCCUGGGUCGUGUAUCCGGCCACAAUGCCGCUGCGGAACUCCUGGGAGAGGCUCUGGUACAAUACGAUCAGCCUUCUUACAAUUGCUGCUUGGAUCUGGGGGCCUGGGGCACCGUUGUCUCUGGGGGCUGGGAUAGAGAAGUCAAGCUGACGGGGGACCUGGCGAAACGGGUCAAAUGCUCCAUCAACCAAAAGCUAAUCUACCCACCGGAGGAUGUCGAAGAAGCAAUUACCAUGGCCAAUCCAAUUGGACCUGACUCUGACGAGUUGUUUGAACAGCUUUUGAAAGCUGUUGCAUAG